AGUAGAGACCCUGUAUAUACAAAACACGCACGUGACUCCAGACUCCAUGACUUCCGACUCUGUGAUUAAAGGGUCUCUAUAGAUAUACCUUUAACUACGUAAAAUCAGCUGUGGUCAGCUGAUUCCUGGGUGUCUGCUACUCAGAUGCAAGUGGAAGAAUAAAGUAUGGUCAGGAACGAGUUUCCAGCAUCGGAAGAAGUAAAAAAGGAAGAAAUUAUGGAGGAAACGGUGCAAACAGAGGAGACUAAUCGCACCGACGAGGAAAUGAGCCAUACUGAGGACGAGAAUCACUCUGAUGACAUUUAUGAGGACGAUCCCGAGAGUCCGUAUAUGUACACAGCUAUGAAGGCGUUGGAUGACGAGUUGGAGCAUUUACAAAGUGCUCUGGAUCAUUUGGAGAAGAAAAACGAUGAUAUACAUGCACAGUUGACCGAAUUGCUGCAAGCGAAUCGCGAAGCUAGGAAACAGUUUCAGGAAUCAGUCCAAAAGCAACUCCAAGAGCAACAAUCAAAGUGAAGAUCAUCUUUGUACUUAGAAAAUUUUGUGUAAUUUGCUAAUUUGUUACAUGAAGAUACUCAAGUAUUAUUAUUUUUAAUCUUGUGAAUUGUUUCAUAUAUCUGUAAGAACAAACAUUUUACAAUCCUGUUCAAUCAAAUUAUAUUUGUCAGUGAUUAGAAACUUCAACAGCAUUCCUAGUAGAAUAAAAUGGAGUUAAUUUUUUCAAUAUAUGUAUACACACAUUUGAAAAUAUGUAUUUUAUUUAAUUAUAACAUAUAUCAAUGUUAGUUAAAUUGCAAUUGUAAUUUUUAAAAGUUCUUAUGUUACAUGUUAUGCGCAAUACAUGUUUUAUUAAAUUUUA